AGAGGCGUUAUUACUAAGGAAGAGUUUCAGAACAUGAACCACAACGCUUACUAUCGCACAGAGGAAGAACUGAAGGAGCCUCUGAUCAAUGUCGAUUCACCUGUUUAUAAGCUUGGCCUCCGCCUGGUAUCGAUUGAAGUAAAGCAAGUCAACUGCUACUUCCACGAUAGAUGGGUUGAAAGCGGCGAUGAUGGUGACAUUGCUGAGGCCCGUGCUCACGCGAAGUCGUAUGUUCGUUCGUUUCGCAUUUGGGCGCACAGCGAAUUGCUUCACGGUCUAUCCGAUAGCCGUUCACUCGAGGAGAAGGCAAAUAUCCUCGACGCCUUCUUCAAGAGGUUUGAAGAUGCAGUGGCAGAGAAUCCGCGAGACCAUGGCAAGGAUUAUAUUGUUGCUUAUGUUCAUAUGAGAAAACUGGAAUGAUAUUUUAGUAGAUUUGAACACAUGCAAUUUGGUGUCUAAUUGGGAAAUGAAGCGCGUCAUGUAAAAGGCGAAUAGUGUAGGCCCUACGUGAUAAAUUAAUGUUUUUGCGUGACGUUGCUCUCUUUCGUGACAAUGCGAUCCUUCACCAACUCAUGUUCUUGACACCUUUGUGUUCUCACCGCGUGUCAUCAUCGGGCUACUGAUCAAUCCCAGAUUGGUUUUCACUUGAUAGUAAUCAUCACGUGACCACACUAGCAUCCCCACAUGGAUGCUUUUCAUGGCAAAAUCAACAACACAAUAGCAUUAAUAAUCUAAUCUAAAUUAAACUAACCACUUUUCCUAUAUUCCCAUUGGGCACUUUAUGUAAGUAUUGGAUAGCGCCAUAUUUUCCCAACGCA